AUGAUGUCAGCGGAGAAGCGUAGGGAGGGAGUAGGGCUUCAGAUAUGGAAGAGAGAAUUUGCUUGUGUUGUGAGGCGAGCUGUUGGCGAUACGCCGUUCUUGCGUUAUCCACGAAUUGAUUGUGCACAACACCACAAAUGCAAAUGCAACACCAAUCCCCUUCGGCUAAGUGUUUUUUGGGAGCCACCAUCGAAACCUUAUCAAGGAACCAUACCCCUCAUGCAAACACUGAGUUUUUUCCUUUUCCUAUACACAUGGAUGAUCACUGUUGUUUCCUCUAGAACUACGAAUCUUUGUCCGAAAGUAGGCACCCGGGUCUAUGGAAACCAUCAGUACCUGUCACAGCCCCCCAUCCAAGACAGCACAGCCUUGAGGAUGCGGUGCAGAUCCAUCGCUAGGUAUACAGAGAAUGCACACCAGAUACCCAAGCACACUGGCGCCUCGAACGACACAGAAUGGGCGUCCGCAUGGGUGGGUAUCAGUGACUCUAACUUUGAGUCCCAGCUACAGGGUGGUGUGAACUGGGCUGUUGAAAGAUCCGGCAAGGUAUCAUACACGGCAUGGUACGAGGGGUUCAGCUACGAGACGUCUUGCUUGGACAAUUUCAACGUUACAGGUGGGGAUGUGAUCCAAGUGGAUAUAGUGACUACAUCAGUGACCACGGGGAAUGUUCGAUUGAUCAACGUCAACACUAGCAACAAUAUCAGCAUGGAUGUGACAGCGCCUCCAGACUCUUUCUUGGCCGACGGCAAUGCAGAAUGGAUUAUCGAGGACUUUUCCGCUGGAGGGCGUUUGCCGCUGGCAGACUUUGGGAGUGUGGUGUUCACAAAUGCUAGUGCCAAGGUGAGCACUGGUUGGGUGGAGGAUCUGAGGGGUGCUACGAUUAUCAAGAUGGUGCUAGAGGACAAGCUAGUUGCUGAUAGUGUUAUCGAUAGCCUAUCGCAGAUUGCAAUCAAGUACGUCGAGUAA